AUGGCAUGCGGUGCCGUCGCAGCAACAGACACUUUCUUCAUGACUCCCAAAGUCCCGCAAUUGACGAAAUCCGGCACAGAGACAACGACAGCUGAGACAUCAGAACCCUCAACCGACACGACAGAUGAAACCACCCCGUCGGAAACUGCCUCUGAGACAGCAACUGAGGCCUCUGACGACAAUAGUCCUCACCCGAGCAGUAACGUGGGCGCAAUAGUUGGCGGCGUUGUUGGAGGCCUAGCAGUAGUUUGCGGAACUGCAAUUGCUGCUCUGUACUUACUACGGAAGAACCACGAUCACAGGCCAGAGACUGAGGAGGCCAAUGCUGAAGCCACAAGGACAACAACACCUAAUGAUGGCCCCAAAGAGUUGGUAGGGUCGAAUCCAUCAGAAUUACAAGGGACUGCCACUCCAACUCCUCAGCUCCCUCCAGUUGAGCUACCAUAA